AUGGAUCAACAUCAGGUUCAAUACAAAUUUCUGCAUCAACUGGUUUCAGUUUAUUGGUCUGGAAAAAACAUUCGAUUAUCUAAUUCAACAUUAUUUCCAAUACAUGAACCAAUUCGAAUAGUUGCUAAUGAUUUGUAUCGUUGGUAUGGAAAUCCAUGUACAUUUAGUUAUUCAGCUGUAUUUUGGAAUUUCUCAAGAUGGGAAAAAGAAAUCGAUUGGAUGGCUAUGAAUGGUAUUAAUUUAGUUUAUGCAACAACUGGAAUGGAAUAUAUUUAUAAUAAAGUAUUUCUACGAAUGGGUUUUCCUCAAUCAGAACUUGAUGAUUAUUUUACUGGUCCUGCAUUUUUAGCUUGGUUUCGUAUGGGUAAUCUUCAAAAACAUGGUGGUCCUUUAUCGAAUCGUUGGCAUCAAACACAAUUUCAACUUGCUAAACAGAUCAUUCAAAGAAUGACUGAUAUUGGUAUUAUACCAGUUUUACCUGCUUUUACUGGCUUUAUGCCACGUACGGCACCAUCACGUUUUCCUUCAGCUCAGUUUCAUAAUUCAUCGGAUUGGGUUGGUUUUGGAUGUAAUGAAUCAUGUUUACCAUAUCUGGAUCCAACUGAUUCAUUCUUUCAAAAAGUUGGAGUUGAACUAUUAAAUGAAACAGUCACUCUACUUAACUUAACAUCUCAUUUUUAUGCUUGUGACUUAUUUAAUGAGAUGACACCACCAACUAGUGAUCUAGAAUAUUUGGCUGAUGUGAAUGCAGGUAUUUUUCAAGCAAUGAAAACAGUUGAUCCAAAUGCUGUUUGGGUUAUGCAAGCUUGGUUAUUCCUUUCAGAUUUUUGGAAACCUGAUCGAGUUCAAAGUUAUCUUAGUAAAGUUCCUAUAGGUCAUCUAAUUCUUCUCGAUCUAUUUUCUGAAGCAGCUCCACAAUACUCACGUUUUGAAUCCUUUUACGGUCAUUAUUACAUAUGGAAUAUGUUACAUGACUUUGGUGGAAAUAAUUUUCUCUUUGGUUCACUUGUUAAUGUUACUAAAGGUCCACAAACAGCACGUGAUUUUUCAGGUAAUCAAAUGAUUGGUGUUGGUAUUACUAUGGAAGGCAUUAAUCAAAAUGAAAUAAUGUAUGAAUUUGCUCUUGAACAAUCAUGGCGUAGUGCACUGAAUGAUACAGAAUUAAGUGAUUGGCUUGUCGGAUUUGUUAUGCGUCGUUAUGAGAGUGAUCAUCCAGUACCUAGUUCAGCACUAUAUGCAUGGCAAUUACUAGGUGAUUCCGUUUAUGGAAAGAAUCCUAAUGGUGAUUCAUCAGUUAUGUUAUCUCGACCUGAACUUGAUGGUGAACAAGAUAUUAAUUUUGAUCUAAAAUCAUUGUUUUCAGCAUGGGAACUAUUAGUUGAUGCAUCAUAUGAAGUUCACUCAGAUUUAUUUCGAUAUGAUUUAGUCGAUAUAACUAAAGAAGUUCUUCAGUAUAAAUUUUAUGAUGUUUAUACUAAAUUAAUAUCUGCUUUCAAUAACAAAGAUCUUUACGGAGUUAGUACUCAAGCAGCUAUUCUUGUUGAUAUAUUAGCUGAUACUGAAUUAGUAUUAGCUUCUGAUCGUCGAUUUCUGUUAGGAAAUUGGGUUAAUGACGCAUUACAAUUUGCUCAAAAUGAAGAAGAUAUACAUUUUUAUAAUUUUAACGCCAAACUUCAAGUAUCGAUCUGGGGAAAUAAUUAUACUCUAGAAUUAUAUGAUUAUGCAAAUAAGUUUUGGUCAGGAAUGAUUCGAGAUUAUUAUGCACCACGAUGGUAUGUUUUCUUUGAUAUUUUACUGAAAUGUCUUGUUGAAGGUCAUCCAGUGAAUCAGAAGGUUUUGAAUGAACGGUUAUUUCUAGAAGCUGAAUUACCAUUCUUUAUGUUAGACACAAAAGUUUAUCCAACAACUACACAAGGUGAUUCAAUUACAAUUGCUCGUGAAUUAUUUAAUAAAUAUCAUUUAUCUUUAAAUGAAAUUCAUUUACCAGAAAAAUCUUCGAAAAAGAAAUUUCCAUUUAAAUAUCAUUUUGAUUAG